UUUAGAUUGGUUAUAAAUAAUGGUACGGUAUUUUAUGUGGCAAUCUGCUAUAUAUGCUCCAAAAAAAUCCCUUAUUAAUAAAACACCACCUAAAAUCCUAACCCUAAAAAAUUCUAUUAUUCGAUUCAUAAACCCUAAUCAUCAAUCAUGAAUUCCACAAACCCUAUGCCUCCUUUAAACAAUCCAAUGAAAAUCAGCAACCAUAGUAAGCAAAUAUCUUGGUCAGAUUUACCACCAGAUCUCUUAUUACCCAUUGCUAAACGUCUUGCAACACAACCUGAUGUCUUCAGCUUCCGGCAAGUUUGUAAGCUAUGGAGAGCAUCAGCCCCUCUCUCACUUCUCGUCUCAAAAAACAUUUUAUCUCCUCUUUUCCCACAUCAUUUUACAAUCAAACCCGAUAUGUGUUAUGCUCCUAAACAUUAUAUCGUGUGUAUGAAUUGUGUUAUUCUCUUGCGGUCAAAUGUCAAUCCCGAACUCUCGCCUUUUAUAAUGAUUGUUGAUGAAUAUAGGUCCGGUAAGCUAUAUGUCAGACGUCCCUUUUGUGCUCGUCCCCUUACAUGUUAUCCUUCUUUUGGUAAUGUCAAUCUUACUGGUGAUCCAGAUUUACCACCUUCAUUGGAUUUGUCUCGAUUUCGUGUGUCCGAAUUGGCUAGGUUCCCUACUUUGAGUUAUUUGAGGGAUGCUAAUCGUAUAAUGCAAAUAAAACUUUACAAACAAAAACCGUACGACUAUCCAAAGCCUAGGGUUGUAUUGUUUGUGGAUCCAAAUUGUGAAAAUUGCGCUACUGUAAGUGAUUAUACACUUGUGGAAGUGUCUCAAUAUGGAGAUCUAAUAGUAACAAGGUUUAAUGGGGAAAGCCAUAAUAAGUUUACUUACACUUCCAAGAAAAAGGGAAGAAGGCUUGUAGACUUGGUGAAUUUUAAGGGGAAAGUUUAUGUCAUUGAUAACUACCAUAAGGUACUUUCGAUUGAUUAUCAUUCAUUGGAACCGUCGAAAAUUGUAAAAUCACUAAAAAGUGAAAGAAUGGGUUACAACAAAUUUCUGUUCGUAUCAUGUAAUGAACUCUAUGUAGUUUCUAUGUGGUCGACUAUGUUGUUGCCGUUGGAGGUAAAGGAAGAGUCCAUUGACUUUACGUUGUUUAAGCUGAACGAGAAGGAAAAGAAGUGGGAUAAACUUGAAGGUAUAGGUGAUGAUAAGAUAUUGUUUCUCACAUUUGAUGGCUCCUUCGUUGCCUCGACCAACGAUUUUCCUGGAUGUAAAGGAAAUUGCAUAAUAUUUUUCAGGUCUACAUCGCGAAACUUAUAUAUUAAGAUGGAUUGUCGUUGUUAUUAUGAAAUUUAUGUUUUUCACUUUGAUGGUGGUGAUAGUGGUCCUAUUUCAUCUUAUCCUGGCUACUCCGAUAUCGUCGUAUGGCCGCCCCCAUCGUGGCUCUGGAACUAUUCUGCUGGUUCGUCCAAAGGGUGAUAUUAACCUUCAAUGAAAGGAUCUUAUAUGUAUGCUUAAAUUAAGACUUAAGACAUAUUACUAUAUUUUUUUUUCAUCUUUUAUUUAUUACGAUUUUUUAUUUUAAAUAGAUUAGAUGAGUUGGUGAAACUGUCAAAAUGCUAGCUUUUAUUAGAUAUUCCAGUUAAUCUAUUUGAUUGCUGUAGUUUGUCAAUUUUUUUGGCCAACUCAGUUUUCUGCCAACAUACACGAUGAUGCGAGGCAGACAUGUUACCAAA